GAGACUUUUGCACAGCUUGUCCAUCUUGUUAGUCCUGUGCCAGCUCCAGCAUGCAUGUCUGCCUAUCUGUUAUUGUGUGGCUUCGUGUCUGAAUGCACGUCUCACUUUGAUCUCCAGUGUCUGCUUCUCAUUUAGCAUCUCGUUCACCACCGUCACCAAGAAGACACAGCAGCCGAUCUUCAUUCUGGAGGGAAAGGCCCCAGUCGAGUCCAGCAGAGGGGAUGGAGGAGAUGGGGAGUCUGGUUCCCUCAGCCCCACCUUUGCUGCUCUGCCUCUGACCCACGCAGAGACUUUGGCCCCCUGGCAGAGCGAGAGCCUGCUGGCAGAGUCCUGGUCCACGGUGGGCGAUGCAGACCCUGAGGACACCAAGAGCCUGGACAGCAAUGAUGACCAGGGGCUGGGCGGAGAGGAGAACCACUCCUCCAACUCUGACAUGGUCCACCUAGAGCGAGAGGAGGCGGAGAUGCUCGAGGAGGCAGAGAAGGAGGAGGCGGUGAGGAGGACAGAGGAGGAGGAAGACGACGACGAGCUGCAGACGAGCGUGAUGAGUGUCUUAGGUGGGGAGAGGGAGCUGGUGGAGCUCAGAGAGGAGGAGCAGGACCUCAUCGCCCCGGAAACCGAGGGGCUCCUGGUGUCAGCGGAGGAGCCGCACAAGAGAAAGGAGCCGGCAGAGUUCAUGCAGGUGGUUCCCCCCAUGGCGCUGCCUCCUCUGCCUAUUGUCAAGUUCGACCCCCCCUCCACUACCUCCACCCCGGUCCCUUCAACCACAAGCUCUGAAGCCGAGGAGCUCUACCCCACUCAGGGGCUCCAACCUCCUUCUAUCCUGGCACGUAUGGCAGCAGAGUCUCUAUCAGAGAGUCAUGAGCAGCUACGAUACUCACAGAUUCCCCUGUCGGAUGUGGAGGGACAUUCAGCCAAAGCCUCUGAAGCAGCACCAGAAAAGCCGGAGCCCCCCCUGCCCGCUGCGCCAGAGACUCGCACCCCUCUGAGCUCCACGGAGCUGCUGUGUGGAGGCGCAGCUCUGGUCGCGGUAGUGGGGAUAGUGGCUUAUGGUGCUGUGGCCUACUGUAGGAAGUAGAACUAGAAUCACCCUUUAAACACAAAUUUGUAAAUCUAUUCCAAAUGAAAAUAUUCCACUUAACUCUCUGAGUUCUGGAUUUUACUCUUUGUAUUGUAGUUAUUAUUAGACACAUUAAUUAGAUUUUUCAGAUUCGUUUUGUGCUACCUCAGCUCAUGGCCUUUGUUUUUCUGUAUACGAUUGAUCUCUGAUCUCUAACAUGUAAGCCUGGAUGUAAAAUCAUGUGAAGGUAGAAUUUUAAAGAAUCCUGAAACUUGAACUUGA